UCAUGUCGCUCAUCAUUAGGGGAAACCUUGGCAGAUCCCUUCAUUUUGCUGAAAAGAAGCCGGUGUUGAAGAGGUGUUGUGUGCCCUUAUUUGGCUGUCAAAUGCACAGAUACGACAUGUUGACAGAAAGCAGAAAACGCAGACGCAGCUGUGAUGCUGAGCAACUCCAGGUCUUACCCCAGGCAAAGAGGUCUGGAGGUUAUUCCUUUCUUCCUGAGGUUGGCCGUGAUGUCUGGGACUCUGAGUCUUCCAGCAGUGACAGCAGUGGGAUUAGCAGUCCGGACCGCAUGGCAGGUGCCAGUUCCAGCAUCCAGAAGACCGACCAAAGAGGACUCCCUGUUUCCCAGGCUCCCUGCAGCCCCACUAUUGCAGAAGAGCCGGCCAUUUCCUUGAGCCACAACGUCUCAUAUGAUCACAUCAACCGUAUCUUGAGGGAGGCCCACUUCAGUAGCCUGCAAACUCGUGGUCAGCAAGGUCCAACGUGAUGGACAGUGACUCUUCCAGCACCCAUUGGCAUUAAGGAACAAUGUACUGGGGAGCUUUUAGAGGGAUUUUAUGGGUCGCUUUAAGGCCUGGCACAAAUAUAGGCCCUCUAAAUGCAUUUAUGUUCUUUCUUAUAGCACUUUUUCAUGUUCAUAGUGUUUAUGUGGGGCUCUACUUGAUGUGUUGACCAUGAACUUCACAUAGGUGCUAUAUAAAAGAACUAUCUUGAAAAAAACAACAACAUCAAGUUCUUAUAAGCUUUUCCCCUUUACGAGACAGUCACACAUGGUGCUACUGCGGUUCUGGGUCAUGUUAUACUCAGACACAUGCAUUUGACCACUUUUGACACUCUUUGGUUGGUCUAGAUAAGGAAAAAUAAAUAAAAUAAUGUCCUUUAUUUAGGAGCUGAGGUAAACCAUGUGAUUAUAUUUGCAGCCCUGCUUUGGAGUCAUUCCAGGAUGAUCAAUAAUGCUGUUGUUUACAGAAGAUGCCGGUUUGGUUCUCACUGGAAUUUAGACUCUUUCAGGAAGUUUUUUUUUGGGGGGGGGAGGCUUGAUGAUUGCUUACAUAUCCAAAACUCAGGUCUAGAGGAUUUCUCCCUGUGUGCCAUGAAGGUUGAGACUUCAAAUGAGGAACUUGGUGCCAGAUCCGUCGAUUUAAAAAAAAAAAAAAAAUCUCUUUACCUUUACCUUAGACGAGGAAACGCAUACUAGGACAUCACACUGUAGAGAGACUAUUCUGAAAAUGCAUGCUAGACUCAGGUCUGCUAAUGUACAUAAUGAAGCACUCUUAGAGAAGGUGUAAGCCAACUGACAGGCGAAUUAGUGUUUAAAUCCAGUGACUGCAAAUUGAAAGCCAUGCCCGAUAUUCAUAUACAAAUUUUAAAAUGAUCAGAGCAUUAAAAUUGCGCUAGUUUAGAUCAUUCACUCAAUGUAAUACGAGGACUCGUCUUUUACGGGCAGACCUAAGGAAUGACCUAAAAUUAGCUUGCACCUAACUAAGCACUCUGCAGUGUCAUGUAAUAAAAUCCUAAAUAUUUUACCAUAAAAUGUCCAUACACACACUUAUGCCUGUGUCUGACCAAUAUAUAUGAUGGCUUGAUUCAUUUCAGAAUGAGAAAACAAACUGGAAUGGUAGUGUUCCUAAAUUUAGUAUGCACAAGAAUAGUUCAGUCCUUUUUAGAUACACAUCCUCUACUAAACUUCAGCUUAGUCCAAACAGUUGUAUGAGGAUACUUACAUCAUUUCAAGCAGGUGAUCUAAUUGUGUACAAGAUACUGAUACACUUUCAACAACUCAGUGCACACAAUACUGUACAACCCAGGCACUGUGCUUUGUGUGAAAGACUAUUAGCUUUUGAUGAUGAAAAUCGUCCCUGCAGUCACCAUUGUUUUGUAUGUAGGACUGUACAUAAUAUAUAGCUAGCAUAUAUACAAUAUUUGAAAUCAUUGUUAUUUUAUGAAUUGUUCCUCUGAUGUAAAUUAAAUAAAGAUUUUUU